CCCACAUAAUCGUAUACAUGAAAUCAUUGCCAAAGAACAAUUUACGUUCGCUGACCGUACUUCCGUUAUUGGUCAUUUGAAAAAAGGAAAUUUCGUUUGGAUCACAUCCGCAAUUUGUGUCGCUCUAACCUACCGCUACCUGGUACAACCGUGUCGCGUUGUGUGAUUUUUAAAUAUUGGGAUUUUGCGAUAUGUGAGUGAAUAGCAACUCAGUGUAAAUGGCAGAUUUACGGAAAACCAUUUCAUCCAGUACUGAUUGUUUGGCAGAUGCCGUCGUAGAUGUGGCAUUCAAGAAAAUUAAGAAAAAAGCGGUUGGAUUUUAUAUGUGGAAAAUUGAGGCUAUGAAUGUGAUUGCGCUGCCCAGAGAGCAAUAUGGAACAUUCAUCAAUACGGAAUGCUACAUAGUGUAUGCAGCUUGUCAGUAUGGCCAAUCAUGUACUAUUGACACUGUUGAGCGAGAUGCUAAAGAUGUAACUUUGGAAUAUCACAUCCAUUUUUGGAUAGGCUCCGAGACAACACCAGACAAAUCCGGAGUUGCUGCUUACAAAACAGUUGAAUUGGACAACUUUAUUGGUGGCCAUGCGGUACAGCAUCGCGAGGCAGAGAGUAAUGAAAGUUCCAGAUUUUUGAGCUACUUAAAAAAUGGCAUAAAGAUACUCACAAAUAAAUCAAAGAGGAUAUACCCAAAACUUUAUAAAAUACUGAAAAGGAAGACACCAAUAUUAAUGGAGUUAUCUGGUAUCACAUGGCAGCAUUUUAGUAGCUCAGAAGUGAUGAUAUUGAGAACGUCAAAAAUUAUAUACAUUUGGAUUGGUAGAAAUGCGAACGAAGCUGAAAAGAAGCAUGCUCUAAUGAUGGCGUUCGAUAUGAAGCAGAAUUCUUCUGAUGAGGUAGUUUUUGUAGACGACGGAUAUGAGAAAACUUUGCCAAGUAAUUUAAGAGAUAGGUUCAAUCACCACUUGCCAUUAAGCAAACGGUUAAUCGUACCGCAUUCAGAAAAAGAAAAUGACACUCCGGCAAAACAUGUGUUGAAGUUAUAUAAAUGUGCAGAAAAUAAUGGAAAAUAUAGAGUAGUGGAGAUAAAGAAUGGCCCGUUUCACCAAAAAGAUCUAAACAGUGAUAAAGUAUUCAUCAUUGAUGACAGUGUUUCAAGUGGCGUUUGGGUGUGGGUCGGCCAGCAUGCGAAUGAUAAAGAACGGACCGAGGCACUACGAAAUGCCAGAGGAUUCAUCAAAAAGAAGAAAUAUGAAUGGAAAACAAGAGUUACAAGAGUUGUUGAAGGACAUGAGCCACCAGAAUUCAAGGUGCUAUUUCACACCUGGACAGAUGAACUGAAAGUGAUAAAACCAGUUACUCUGCUGUAUGACUUUGAUGCUGCAACAAUGGCGGAUCGUCCAUCACUAGCAGCCGAAACUCAACUAAUAGACGAUGGAAGUGGUACUCUGUCCAUAUGGCGUAUAGGUAGGAAGAGUAUCACAAAAAUUCCGGAAGAGAGGCAUGGAUACUUCUUUUCUGAAGAUUGCUAUAUCACCCUGUACACCUACCAAAUUUCUGAAGAGAAGCAAAUGCAUCUACUAUAUUAUUGGUUGGGUAGCCAUGCUUCUCAAGAUGAAAUCGAUCUCACACUUCUAAGAAUAAAUGAGAUGGAUGAAGAGUUGGGAAAAAUAGGGUUUCAAGCCAGAUUGAUCCAAGGAAAUGAGACACCCCACUUUCUUCAAUUGUUCAAAGGAAAAUUAGUUAUAUUCAAAGGGAAAGGCAGCGACUACGAUGAGUCUGGGAAAAAUAAAAAGUGUCCUUCACAUUAUUUGCUGCAAGCAACGGGAUCCACGACAUACAAUAGUAAAGCUGUGCAAGUUGAUACAAGAAGUUCCUCUCUCAACUCUAAUUAUUGCUUUAUCUUAAAAAAGAGCAAAAGAAUUUAUAUUUGGUGCGGUUCCCAUUCAACCGGUGAUCAAAGAGAGAUGGCAAAAGGAUUUGCAGGGAAAAGCUUCGACUUGAUCCUCGAAGGUAAAGAAACGGGCGAUUUUUUCAACUUAUUGGGUGGAAAGAUGGAUUACCACACGAAAACUGUACAAAAGAAAUAUAGCAGAAAACCUGCUAGGCUCAUAUAUCUGUUAAAAUGGAGCAAUGAGAGAGCAGAAGAACUCGUAUUCUUUGAGCAAGCUGAUCUGCUACCAGAACAUGUAAUACUGCUAGAUAUAGACCUCUGCUUGUACAUUUGGAUAGGCAAUUUCAGUUCUGAAGAAGAAAAAUCAUCCAGUUUUAAAAAGGCAAUAGAAUACUUACAAUCCGAUCCAUCCAAGAGAGAUAUGAGUAUUGCCAUAAUACAUAUAAAACAAGACCAUGAGCCACCAAUAUUCACUGGAUUUUUUCCAAGUUGGAACAAAGAUUUCUGGAAGGCAUACAAGCCAUUUUUGGUACUAAGGAAAGAAAUAGAAAAAGUACCUUCAUCUACUCAUAGUGGAAGACCUGAGCUGACCAAGUUUGACCAAUACGACAAGUACCCAGUAAGCAUUUUAAGGAAACCCAACGACGAACUGCCAGCAAAAGUAAAUCCUUUAAAUAAAGAAAUGCACUUGACCCAUGACGAUUUUGUGACGUUGUUCAAAAUGCCAUACUCAGAGUUUGCAAAACUUCCCAGUUGGAAACAAAAAGAAAUUAAAAAAACAAUUGGAUUAUUCUAACAUUUGCAGUAUAAUGGAAAAUUAAAAUGUUUCCAGUGACAAGUAAAGGAAUAUAUAUAUAUAUAUAUAAUGAUAUUCUCCAUAAUACGAAAGCACUUAAAAAUAUAAGUUGAAAUUAAAGAUCCA